GACACUGUUGGAAGCAGAGAGCACUCGCCUGCAAAUGCCAACUGGGGAAUACAGACUGGCAAACGGCUUGAGAGAUCUCAAGCUGGAGGUGAGCAGCAGCAGCAAACUGGUCCCAGUAAGCCCCGAGCCCAGGAGGUUGCUGCCACGGGAUCACUGUGCCAGCCCCUCCAUCCUCCCCAGGGCAGAGGGGAGGGGGCAGCCAGCAAAGCCCCCGAGUGAUGCUCUGACACCCAAAAGGCAGAGCCCUGGUGCCAGGGAGCUCCAGAAAUUCAGCUCAGUCCUUCAUGCCACAGCAGCACCAGCUGCUGGCAGGGCCAAGGGCUCAGGUGUCCUCAGCUGCUCCACGCCAAGCUCCUCACAGCCUGGCAAAGCUGCCCCUCCUCUCUCCCCAGAGCCCCCCAGUCCUCCAGGGAGCACAGGGGGAGAGGGUCCUGCCUGGCCUGGGGGAGCUGUGGGGGUGCUGAGCCUGGGGAUGGAGCAUCCUCUGUCCAGAUCUACACCAGAGAGCCACAAUGCCAGUGUGAACCCCCUGGCAGCAGUGCCCACCCACAGCCUGCAGUUCCCAGCCCAGCUGGUCAGUGAGGCCCUGGAGGAUGCCCUCAAGGAAAUGGAAGAUGAUGCUCAGCCCCAGGAAGAUGCCCAAGAAGAGGAUGCUCAGCCCCAAGAAGAGGAUGUUCAACCCCAAGAAGAUGAUGCUCAUCCCCUAGAAGAUGAUGCUCAACCCCAAGAUGAUGCUCAGCCCCUAGAAGAUGAUGCUCAACCCCAAGAUGAUGCUCAGCCCCUAGAAGAGGAUGUUCAACCCCUAGAAGAGCCCAUGCUCAGUGCCACCUGGGCCCCCCUGGAUGCCCAUGCCCCCAGCCCCAUUUUCCCCACAGAGCCUUGUGGAGAGGCUGUGACAGAGGGGACAGGGGAAGAACAAGAGCCCUCUGAGGGCUCUGGGGAUGGUGACAGCCCUGAAGAGGAGGAGAGGGCUGAGGAACCUGUGCUCCAGGGGUUGGGGGUGGAGAGCAGAGCCCUGUGGGACAGAGCUGCAUCCCCACUGGGCACAGCUGCUUCCCUGAGUGCUGUGGUGAGCCAGGAAGAGACAGGGACCAGCUUGGAAAAGCCAGAGCAAGGGGAGGACUGGGAAGAAGUCCCAUCACACCUCUCAGAGGAUGAGGAGGAAUCACACAGAGUCUGUGGGGAGGACAGAGAAUUCCAGGGAGAAGGAAUGGAUGUGCGAGGAGAGUCCCCACACAGGGAAGUAGGAGCUGCUUGUGUUGACCUGGUGGAAAGCCACCUGGUUGCACCCACAAAAAGUCACCUGGAAGAGGACCUUGUUGGUGAAGAGCAGGAAAAGUCUGAGCAUUGGGAAAUGCCAAUGGGUGAGACAGAUGUGGGUGCAGAGGAGGAAAGGGGACAGGAGCCCUCGAGUGUCCGUGAGGUCACCCCAGCAGAAGAGGCUUCCUCAGGAGCUGAAGAGGAUGCUGUGGGAGGGGAGGACAUGGGCAGAGUGAAAGAUGGUGAGGGAGACAAGGGAGAGGCCAGCAGGGAAGUGCUGGGAGGAGAGGACCUUGUGGCAGGAGAGGACCCUGAGGCAGAAGAAGAUCCUGAGGCAGGAGAGGACCCUGAGGAAGAUCCUGAGGCAGGAGAGGAUGCUCAGGCAGGAGAAGACCUUGAGGUAGGGGAGGACUCUGAGGUAGGAGAAGACCCCAAGGCAGGAGAGGACUCUGAGGUAGAAGAAGACCCCAAGGCAGGGGAGGAUUCUAGGGCAGGAGAGGAUCCUGAGGCAGGAGAGGAUUCUAGGACAGAAUACCCCAAGGCAGGAGAGGAACCUGAGGCAGGAGAGGACCCCAAGGCAGAAGAGGACCCUGAGGCAGGAGAGGCUGUGGGAGGUGCUCCCCCAGGGGGGGAGAGCAAAGCCCCAGAGGAGCCUGAGGAACUGCAGGAAAGCAGCUCUGCGGAAGAGGGAGGGGACCAGGAGGAGCUGGAGAGGACUGGGAGGGGACAGCAGGAUGAUGACAACAUCCAAAAGCCCAGUCCAGAGGACUGGGAGGUGACAGCAGAGGACACAGAGGAGCCUUUGAGGACAGAAGAGCCAGCCUGGGCAGAUGACACCCCAAGCAGCACAGGAAGGCUGGAAAGUGAUGAGAGAGAUGGCACAUCACCAGCAGAGCUGGAGGAAGCCCAGGAAGAUGAUGAAGAGGAUGCCAAGAGCCUGGGGAUGAGCCAGCAGCAACCACUGCCAGAGUCUGAGCCAGCUCCGGAGCUGGCACGGGAGGAGCAGGAGGACACCCUGGGGCAGCCUGGCCCACACCUCCCCAGUGCCCCUGGGCAAGGGGACAGCCAGGAGCUGGCUGAGGCUCUGGAGGAGGAUGCUGCUGGUGGGUUGGGACAGUGGGAGAGCAGCAGCCUCUUGGCACUGCAGCAGGUGCCAGGGGAUGGCACAGAGAGUGGGGUGUGGGCAGAGGAGGAUGCUGCAGGGUCGGGAGAGCUGGAGCUGGCACCAGGCACUGGCAGGAGGGUGGAGCUGGAGGACACACUGCCUGACAGCACACCCUUACACCUCUACCAAGGGGAGGUGCUGGCUGAGGGUGCUGCCAGCCAAACCCCUCCAGAGGCUGAGGAGCACAUGGACACAGCUCCUGUGUCCCUAACAGCUCCUCAGGGUGAAGGAUGGCUGGAAGGGAGGGACAAACCACCAAGCCCCACCUGGUUAGAGAGCCCCAAAGAGGAGGCAGGGGUGGAGGUGGCCCCUGCAGCAGAGAGUGCUGAGGAGGAGGAAGGCUACUUCAUGGUCUCUGCUCCCACCCAAGAGGUGUCCAGCUCAGAGGAAGCUGAGAUCUCUGAGGACUUUGAAGAAAUUAAAGUUGAAGCAACUGAAGGCAACCAAGGUGAUCUGGGAGCUCCCAGAGAAGCAUCUCCAGUGCCAGAGGGUGAAGAGCACCUCGAGGGGUUUGUAGGGGAAGCAGAUGAAGACAUUGAGAUGUCAAUGGAAGAACCUGAGAUGCCAAAGGAUGAGGAUGAUACUGCUGAGCUGGAGGAAGGCCCAGCUGUGCCAGAAGCAGUGCCCAGCACGGAUGAACCACCCCAGGGUGUCACAGGCACCAGAGCACAGGAGGAACCAGAGGGUUUGGCUGCUGAAUCAGAUGAGGAGCUUGACAGCACAGCUGAGCUGGAGAAGGUCCCAGUGGAGGUCACCAAAGACUCAGAUAUUCUGGGAGUAGUGGAUCAGGACCAGGAGCUGGUGAAGGGAGGGCAGCAGGGGCCUGGCAGGACUGAGCUCCCCAGGGAUGCUGAGGAAGACUCUCCACCUGCCUCGUCCAGCGAGGAGGAGCCGACGGUGCAGGAGGCACCAGCAGAUGCAGCACCAGAAGGUCCAGUUGGGGCAGAGAAUGGGCUGCACCGGGAGGCCAGUCUGGAGGACCUGAGUGAGUUCACUGAGGAGGUGCUGAAUGGCAUUGCCAACACGGCCCAGGAGAUCCCCACAGAGACCACAGAGCCCUCCGUG